AUCAUUUCUGAGUUCAGACCCUUGAAAGAAACGUACAUCAUGAGCGGAAGAGGCAAAACCGGCGGUAAGGCCAGAGCUAAGGCCAAGACUCGGUCAUCCCGUGCCGGACUCCAGUUCCCCGUGGGUCGUGUCCACAGACUCCUUCGUAAAGGAAACUACGCUGAGCGUGUGGGAGCCGGAGCCCCCGUCUACCUGGCUGCCGUCCUCGAGUACCUGACCGCUGAGAUCCUGGAGUUGGCCGGAAACGCCGCCCGUGACAACAAGAAGACCCGUAUCAUCCCCCGUCACCUGCAGCUGGCUGUCCGCAACGACGAGGAGCUCAACAAGCUGCUGGGCGGAGUGACCAUCGCUCAGGGAGGAGUGCUGCCCAACAUCCAGGCUGUGCUGCUGCCCAAGAAGACCGAGAAGCCCGCCAAGAAGUAAACAACCGAAAACUCAGCUGACAACAAGAACCAAAGGCUCUUUUAAGAGCCACCCAACAACCUCAAGAAAACAGAGUUUCGUAUUGAUGUUGAAUUGAUGCCUUUUAUCAACCAUCACUGAUAGUUGAUAUUGAAAACACCACAUAUACAUUUAAGAAUGUUAAUAACUUUAAAAAAACGCUUAAGUGACAUCUGGUCUAGGAUAUUAUGAUUUGUCUUAAUAUCUCUGUCAGACUUUGUUUCCCUGACAUGUUUUUUUUUUUUUUUCCAACUCAUGUAUUCAGAUCAACAGAAUCAAAGACUGACUAAGUUGCAUUCCAUCUUCAUGGCUGACUGUACUGCUAAUGACAUCAAAUUCUCUGUCAUAUUGCCAUAGUGACGAAAAACCACCCUCCACCUUAAACAUCAAACAAGAUCUUAAAAUCACAAGUGAGAACAAUAACAAAACAGCUAAUCAGAUUUCAUCUUGUUACUGACCUACCUGCUUUAAUGUUAUGAACCAAAUUUAUUAUUUGCACAACUUCAGUAAAUUACAUCCACACCUGUACCGUAAGUCAUUUACAGCAGAAUAUUUGUUUUCUGGUGUUCAGGCGUGCAUGUGUAUAGGAGUGUAUGAACACGGACACAGUAGGGUUUUAGGUUGAUGUGUGUUCAGAUACAGAAAAGACAUUAAAGUCUUAAUUAUUGUUGCCAAGUGUCUUUCUUGCUCUUCUGUCAAACAGGCUUUAAUCUUAAUUUAGUGAACAUACAUGUUAUUUAUAAAAAAAACAUCCAGCCGUUCAUUAACAUCACAUACAGACGCUGAUAACAGAGGACGCUUUAGGACUGAGAUUUGACAAAUUCAGUUAAUAUGUAUACACAAACUGCUGAGCAUGUCACUGUAUGAUAAUCCGGUCUGGUGUCUGAUGUGAACCCAGUUUUAUUCUGAGUCAGGGUCAGAGUCUCAGAGACUUGAUUAGGAUUGUCCGAGACUGUAACAUUUCAGUCUUACUGUAAGUGUAUGAGGGAGUUUGUAAUCUGACCUGAGAGGUUAUUAUAAUUAUGAACUUGAUUCUGUUUUACAGAGCCACCAACCACAGAGCAAAAAUGUAAAGGGUUAUAUGAACUGAAUGUAAUGAACUUUUAAUGUGAAACAAGUACAACAUUAUUAUCCCCCCUUACUUUAAAAACAAACACGAGAACUUAAAAAAUGUAAAAGUCAAAAUGUCCAUUGUUCCAGGUUCAGUCAACCUCACCAGGAUGAUUUGACACAGCAUAGUUUAUUUCUCUUCAUGUUUUUGUGUUAAAUGUUUGAAUUUUGACCUCCAGAGCCUGUAAAUAAGUUAUAUCUUAUCAUUUAAUAAUUGUUAUUGAUGUGUUUUUCAUUCAUUAAUCACAUGAUGAAGAAUAGUUCUUAAAAAUCACUGGAUAUCAACUCAAUUGUCCCGUUUUCAGAAGAAUUUCUUUCAGUGGUUCUUUCACUGUUCACUGAUCCUCAGAUUAUUAAAUUACCUGUUUUUCUGUU